AUGCAACUCCACCACCUUCUGACGGGCUCCUAUACCAACAGCACGCUGUUUCUCCUUGCGUUUGAUACUAUAUCCCGAACUCUGAGUCUUAAUUCGACCGUUCCUGGCUUUGGUUUGCACCAAUUCGUGACCAGUAAUGAGGCCAAAGACCGGGUUUACGCAACCACUAUGAGUGAGCCCCCGCGGUUGUUCACCUGGGGUGUCGAUGACAACUUUCAGUUCACCCACCUGAGCACCAACAACGUCACAUCCUCGGCCUGUUACAUCUCCGAUGAUGGCCAGUAUUCAUUCUCCGCUGGUGGCCCAACUGCGCAGAUCCAUUCUCUAAGUGGCAAUGGGGUCAUUGGAGAUAGAACUGACGAGCUCUAUCUUAUUCCUGUCGAGGAUAUUGACAGUGUGGAUAAGACUCGAAAUGCUGUCUUACACGGUGCUCAUGCUUUCGAUAUCAACGUCAACAACAAGGGCUUUGUUCCUCACCUCGGCAUGAACUCCAUCUACAUGUACGAUAUUGCCGACAACGGCACUGCCCAGCUUCUGUCCAUCAACCUGAGCCCAACAGAGGAUGAUGGUCCUCGUAACUCAUACUCUAGAGAGGAUGGGAAGCUUCUCUACGUGAUUACAGAACAUACUCAAUGGCUUGAUGUCUACGAAGUCGGUGAAACUCAACUUAAGCAUGUACAGCGUGCCAGUGUGAUUCCUAAAGAUGUCCGAGGACACUACACAUUCCGCAGUAAUACUGUCCAACCCUCUAGAGAUGGCAAGUAUCUCUUCGCCUCUACCCGCAGCUGGGAAUCCCCCGAGGCAAACGGAUACGCUGCUGUCUUUGAGGUGGAUGAUGAUGGAUACCUCACAAAGGAAGAUGCUGUCACCUUUUAUGAAGCGCCCGUGACUCUCGGAUCUGCGGGUGGUCUUCGCGUUGCACCCUGGGAGGACGAGACGAACUGUGAUCCCGACGGUUUGACGGACUACAUGUACCUCAGUGACACGUCUGAGGGUUGGAUGUUCAUUUUGGGUUGGACUCCUUCCAACCAGACUUUGGACCUCGUUGCAUCGCUUCAAUAUCCGGACAACGCAUCACCGUAUGAGGCUACUUGGUUGAGCUAG